AUUGUGUUUAAUGAGGGACUGUGUGUUAGUGUACUACUCAGUAUUGACUUGGCAUUAUUUUGUUUUGAGUAUUAUUUGUUAUGCCCGUAGGUUAUUUGGAUUGAUUUGCUGGUGAAUAUUGCUCAUUGUGAAAGGAUUUAACAGUAAUAAAUUAUUAGUUUUAUCAAGAAAUUUUUAAAAGCGCUGUAAACAUCAAAAUAUUCAAUUAUUUGCCCAUACAAUAUGAGAGGAAAUCAUUCAAGAGAUAAUGAUAGAGUUUCAAAACAUGACGAUCCACCUCACUCCAGACUUUUUGUCGCAAAUAUUAAACAAGUUUCUGAGGAAGAUCUUAGAGAUGCAUUUGGAAAAUAUGGAGAUCUCGAAGAUGUGUGGAUCUGCAAGGAUAAAAAUACAGGCGAGCGGAAAGACAUUGCAUUUAUCAAGUUCUCCAAGACCUCAGAUGCAGCUCGUGCAAUGGAAGGACUUAACGAAAAGACUAUAGAAGGAUGUACAAGACCUCUUAAAGUUAGAAUUGCGCUAUCACGAGAUCAGUCCAAUGUCGGAGGAAAGGGAGAUGAUAUGGAACGACUGUUGAGACUCUUUGUUGUUGUUCCCAAGACUAUGACUGAUCAGGACAUCACCAAUGAAUUCAAGCAAUAUGGAGAACUAGAUUACGUUUCCGUUGUCAAAGAUCGUGAGACCAAAGAGAGCAAAGGCUACGCUUUUGUCAAAUAUAUGAAGGUAUCAGAUGCUGCCACCGCCUUCGAAGAGUGUGACCGAAGCUUCAAGGCAGUAUUCGCCCGCCCUAAGGAGCAGGAUUAUCAGCGGAAGGGAGGCCCACAGGAUCGUCACAUGGACCCCUUCGACCGUUCAUUCAACUCCAGUCAAGGCAACUCGUAUGCCUCCAUGCAGCAAUCUUCUCCUACCCCUCUCAUGGAUAUGGGCGGCUCGUAUAGCCAUCAAGGCUAUGGCAAUAAUCCAAGCCCUAUGGACAUGGUUAACAACUACGCCCUGGCCAGUCGACCUGAAGCGACAAGACUCAUCGCGCUUGUGUCUGCACAACUCAGUGAGGAGCAGGUUGAGCGCUUGUUUGACAUCGUUCCAGGUCUCAAGUAUUGUCAGUUCCAGUUACAAGCAGUGAACGAUGUGUCUAACUACAAUCGCACACCACUGUUGCGAAAAGUCCUCCUGGAAUAUGUGAAUCCAAAUGCUGCUUCUUAUGCGCUGGAGAAAUUGCACGGCUUUGAGUAUCCUCCAGGAAAGAAGAUUGUCGUUAAGUCUGAAUUCGACCAACGCAAUGACAGCCUGAUGGGAGGUGUGACCGGUAAGAGAGAUGCAAUGGGACUUGUUGCUGCUGCCACCCCCGAGAUCACCCAGGAACUUGCCACUCUGACCAAAGCACUGGCUGAAGCCACAAACAUGAUCAAACUCCAAGUCGGAGGAGCUCUGGCAGGUGUCAGGAUGGGUGGCAAUCAAAUGUCUGACACUUACAACCCGUCGUUGUGUUCCGUCAGGCUCCCUCCACCUCAGUCUCUCGCACGGAAAGAUGCGAAAAUGGCAGAAAGGUUAUUCAUAAUGGGCCAACCCUCCCUUCCACCACAGAAUGCAUUAUGGGAUGUAUUUGGCCGUUUUGGUGACCUGAUUGAGGUUUUCGUCAUCAAUGGGAAGAAUUGCGGUUUUGUUAACUACGCCAAGAAAGAAUCUGCUGACAGAGCUCUUGAGGCUCUCCACGGAGAAGAAGUUUGUCACAUGAGACUGAAGGUCACGUACGCAGAUCCUCCCAAAACUGACAGUCGCAAGAGGUUGAAAAUGGAUACAGACAAUUAGUUUGGUGAUGUACGGAAGAACAGAGGGAUCUUGACUUAGACUAAACUGACCACUGGAGCCACAAUAUCAUACUUAACUCACUCCUUACUAUACUAAUGUUAGUGUUGUAUCCAAUUCAUAUUUAUUGACAUACUACUAUCAUCCUUUAACUUGUUUUGACGGUAGAAACCUAGCGUUUGCUUCGAUGUUAUCGUUAGAAACUCCAGUGACACGUGUGAACAAUGUGAGUGUACACACUCGAACUGCACUUGUGGUUGUGUUGACUGUGGAGAAUCUGCGUCACUCUGAAUGACACGGUUUACGCAAUAGAGGUGAAAACUUCAAUUGUACAAACUAUUAGAUGUAUUAGUACUGAAUAAACGUUUUUGUUUAUAGCUAAAGAUUCUAUUAGGUAUGUAGAGAAAAUAUAAUUUUGUUUUGAUGAGGCGACUAAUUUAGUAAUCACUCAUGAUUUUGUGCAAUUAAAUUGUUUGAGUUCAAAGUUGAA